CCAGAUUCACACUCUUGGUGGCUGUGUGUGGCGGGGCGAGGAAGGAAGAGGCGGUGGGGGAAAAUUUAGUGUUGGAAGAUCGAGUGGAAAUACAAACAACAACAACAACAACAACAACCACGUGCAGCAAAAGUGAAGCAUGAGAGGAAACAAAUCAGGACUUUUGACGGUGACGGCGGCUGAGGAGGAAGAGGAGGAGGAAGAGGGAAGAAGAGGAGGAAGAGGAGGAAGAGGGUGCGGGAGGAGUGAAACAAAGAGGAUGAAAAAGAGAAGAGGAAACAGAGGACUUGGAGGAUGGAGGCAAAGAGGAAUGAGAUGCCCCGACACCCUAACACUCGCUGCACUGCUUAUUCUAAUGCCGCUGGGGGUGAACGGAGCCUCGGUAACCACGGUCGCCACUUCCACGGAGCUGCCCGAACAAAGCCCCUGCCAAGUUCUGCAAGAGGCGGCCUGCAGCGGUGUGGGUUACGAGGAUCUUAUGUUGCCUGACGCCUUAGUGCACAAGCUGCCUAACCUGGCCUCCGAUGAACUGCUCUCCUUCCUGCCGCUGCUAGAGGUCGGGUGUUCUGAGGGCCUGCGGGAGUUUCUCUGCGCUCUGUACAUGCCCGUGUGUACCAACUACGGCUUCCACCUCCCCCCCUGCCGCUCCCUGUGCAAGAAGGCGCGUGAGGGCUGCGAGGGCGCCAUGGCAGAGCUCAGUGUCCCGUGGCCCUCCAAGUUUGACUGUACGAGGUUUCCGGAGCACCACGAACUGAUGUGUGUCGUGACGCUGAACCAGAGUAGUUUCGACAUAACCUCCACCACCUUCACCACCACCACCGCCGCCGCCAACACCAUCUUCUCACCAUCACCACCACCACCACAGGAGCAUCACCACCACCCCACGCUGACUCAAUGCACCUCCAACGCCGACUGUGUGUUUGAGCGUGCUGUUUGCCGCGGGGGAGGGUGCGUGUGUGAAUACCCACGCACCUGGGGCCCCACCGGGUGUGAAUAUACUCAGAUCCUGGGCGGGCAGUGCAGCUCAGACAGCCAGUGUUCCGUCGUCACCCCCAACGCCGUCUGUACCAACUCUGUGUGUACCUGUGUACCUCCACUAACUAACUACCGGAACCUGGCCUGCAUACACGCUAGCGGGAUCGGGGACAUGUGUUACAACGACGCCCAGUGCCGCGCUGUUAACAAAUUCAGCUUCUGUCGCCUGUCUGUGCCUGAGGUGGUGGGAGUGUGCGCCUGCGACCGAGACCAGUUCAUAGACAUUCGAGGGAAAUGUGUGCCACGCCUGGGUGGCCGGUGCCUCAAGGGGGACUGUCCUAGGCAGCUCGGGGCCGCCCUGUGCCAGCGGGGACGCGACACGGUGCUCAAGUGUUUCUGCCGUAAGAAGGCCGUGCAGAGGAGAGGAAUCUGCCUUCCCCCUUCCUAGCCUGUCUGCCCCAAGGUUUCCCGGCUCGUCCCCAGCUUGACCCACGGAGCUACAACUCACAAUUCACAUUCCCUUGAGGUGGAAGUCAAAACGGAAUAAGAGUGAGCCUUUCUGACCACAGCUGACCUCACCUGACCUCGCCUGACCUCGCUUGACCUCGCAUUAAUUACCACGGUCUCUUGUCCACCCUCCUCUCCAAUGUACAAUUAAAUAUUUGAUGUUAUACGUAAAGGCUGUGUGAGUAUAUGAUAAAAUGGCACAAAAUAGGACUGAAGCAAAGGGAAAGGAAGUUUUGAGAGGUGUGAUCUACAAUAAAUGAAUGAAUAAAUAAACGAAAUGAUUUGAGAAGAAGGAAUUAGAGACGAGAGGAAACAUAAGAAGGCGAUAAUAUGAAAACAAGUGAACAUAACCAAACAUUUAUAAACGGAGUGACAUAAGAAUAAGGGAAUAAAAACAAACGGAAAAGUUGUCGCGAUGAAAAGUUUAACAAAUGAAGAAAAAUAAAAAAAAACAAAUAGGUUAACAGACACGGGUAAGAAUAAGUGAAUAUAAACGAAAAAAGAAGGAAAUUAAAACAGCAAAAUAAAGGAAUUAAUGAAAAUAAAUAAACAGAUUAAUGGAAUUGCAGGUAAGUAAAAGAAACUGAAAGCAAAGGUAAAUUAGAGAGAGGAACCAGAUUAGCAAAAUAUAGAAAAAUCAGCAAAUAAAAAAAGGAUAAAUAGAUAGUAUAUGCAAAUGGAGUUACUGAGCAGCACACCUGAGUAAACACACCUGAGAUUUUAAAUGACUUACUCCCACGUGAAGUUAAUCUAGCUUAUGACUUGGAAAUUACGAUAACAACAACAACAACAACAAUAAUAAUAAUAAUAAUAAUAAUAAUAAUAAUAAUAAUAAUAAUAAUAAUAAUAAUAAUAAUAAUAAUAAUAAUAAUAAUAUCUACGUUUUUUGUUCAAACUUUACAAUAA